GUGCGAGCAGCAGGGCUGAGCUAAGCCGAGCCCACGUGUGACGGCUCUCGCCGCUGCCCCGGCUCCGCCGCUCGCAGAGAGAUUCGGAGGAGCCCGGGCGGGGGGGAGGAGGAGGAGGGGGAGGAGGGAGCGGGAGAUCUCAGGGCUCGGAGUCGGCCGCCGCUCCGCUCCGAUCGCUGUGGGGCUCGGUUUUUUGGGGGUGGGGGGGCGGGGGGGCUCAGAUAUGGAGGCAAAUGGGAGCCAAGGCACCUCGGGCAGCGCCAACGACUCCCAGCACGACCCCGGUAAAAUGUUUAUCGGUGGACUGAGCUGGCAGACCUCACCAGAUAGCCUUAGAGACUAUUUUAGCAAAUUUGGAGAAAUUAGAGAAUGUAUGGUCAUGAGAGAUCCCACUACGAAACGCUCCAGAGGCUUCGGUUUCGUCACGUUCGCAGACCCAGCAAGUGUAGAUAAAGUAUUAGGUCAGCCCCACCAUGAGUUAGAUUCCAAGACGAUUGACCCCAAAGUUGCAUUUCCUCGUCGAGCGCAACCCAAGAUGGUCACAAGAACAAAGAAAAUAUUCGUAGGCGGGUUAUCUGCGAACACGGUGGUGGAAGACGUAAAGCAGUACUUCGAGCAGUUUGGCAAGGUGGAGGACGCAAUGCUGAUGUUUGAUAAGACCACCAACAGGCACAGAGGGUUUGGCUUUGUCACUUUUGAGAAUGAAGACGUUGUGGAGAAAGUCUGUGAGAUUCAUUUCCAUGAAAUCAAUAAUAAAAUGGUAGAAUGUAAGAAAGCUCAGCCGAAAGAAGUCAUGUUCCCACCUGGGACAAGAGGCCGGGCCCGGGGACUGCCUUACACGAUGGACGCAUUCAUGCUUGGCAUGGGGAUGCUGGGCUACCCCAACUUUGUGGCAACCUAUGGCCGCGGCUACCCCGGAUUUGCUCCUAGCUAUGGCUAUCAGUUCCCAGGCUUCCCAGCGGCGGCUUACGGACCAGUGGCGGCGGCGGCAGUGGCGGCAGCAAGAGGAUCAGGCUCCAACCCGGCGCGGCCUGGAGGCUUCCCCGGGGCCAACAGCCCAGGACCUGUCGCCGAUCUCUACGGCCCUGCCAGCCAGGACUCCGGAGUGGGGAAUUACAUAAGCGCGGCCAGCCCACAGCCGGGCUCCGGCUUCGGCCACGGCAUAGCUGGACCUUUGAUUGCAACGGCCUUUACAAAUGGAUACCAUUGAGCAGGUGCUUCUGUUGCCACUCACUCUGAGAGCAUACCUGGAUGUCCAGGCAAGACUGGGCGAAGUUUCUGAGUGGCCCUUUGUUUAGGUGAUGUCAUCAGACCUGGACCCCCACCAGCCUCACUCCCCAUCCCCACCAGAGAUGGCUCACUUCCGAUCGAUCGAGGGUUGACUGCAUCUCAUCAUCUCACGAGUCUGCUGUAAUAUAAGACAACAGCUUUUCAAUGUGUAUAUAUAACCCAUGAUUUUGGUUUUGUUUUGGUUUUGUUUUCCUCGACGGUUUCCCUUCCCCUUCUCUCUCAACCCUUCUCCUUUUCAAUCUCUUUGAAUCACAUUUAGUAGUGAUUUUGACUUAGUCCAGUAGUCAUAUAGCUUUAAUAUCUAGUUAAAAGCUAACCAUAGUAUAAUUGUUAUAUUAAGGUAUUAUUUUUUUCUUUAAAAAAAAAAUGUUUUCGCUGGUUUUGAUUCUGUUCUCACUUUUAAAGGAUGCUGAGAUGGUAAUAUUACUCUCAAUAUUUUGGUACCAGUUCUGAGACUGUAUGGAUUUUCAGGGGCGACCUGAGCGCAGGAAGCGCAGUCGUGAAGUGUGGAGGGGCGGCGGGCGGCGGCUCCCCCUUUGCGUUGUGCGAGAAGUGAGGUGCCGUAGGCCAGUCACAGACCAGGCGGUUCUCUGUGAUGUCUCUUUGUUAACCUAAGUAUAUCUAUUUUCGGCAAUAAGGUAAGGACGGCCAUGAUUCCAGUGUCCUCCUUUUCUAUAAGUGCGUUUCUUGUUUUUUGUUUUUCUGUUGAAAGAGGUGAUAUUCUAAGGGUUUUUUUGAAAUUGUGAAUUCUAAAAAAAAGAAAAAGAAAAAAAAGAAAUGUUGUAAAUACAAUUCCAUUAACUACAUAGAAACUAUUAAGAAAGAGAGAAUCAAAAAUAUUUUUGUGAGGGAGUCGGUCCCAGGCAGCUCGAUGCCCCGCGGAAGGAGGAGGGAGAGGAACCCGCAGCCAGCGGGUAGCCGAGGCCGAGAGCACCUGCUGCCAGGCCGACCGGACACUAGGACCCUGGCUCCUCUGUGUGCGAUAGACCUGAGACUCCAGUAGUGUCGUACCAGCAUAUUAACCUCUCGUCUGUGCACAGCUUCAAAUGUUACCGCCUAGUUAGAUUUUUAUUUAAAAUAUGAAAAACCGCUUUUCCCAAGACGUUUUUUAAAAACAAAGCUACAAUUUUAAUAUUUAACAUAUUUAAAGUUUCAAAGCACACCUGUUUGGCUUGGGUGGGAAAGGGUGGGGAGACAUCCUUUUUCAGUCUUAAUUUUUAAAUAUCUGAUCAUUUUCUAUCGUCCAAUCAUUUCAGCACCUCAGAAGGUCCCUAGGACACUUUGCCUCUCUCCUCCCCUGUCCUUCCCCCGCCCGGCCCUGGGGUCCGCGGGCCCCGAGCGGAUGAGCCUGCAUUAAUGACACCUUUUCUCUAUCCACUUCCUAUUUACAAAUUAGGGAAGCCACCUUUUGGUUUAUAUAUUAUUUUUAAUACCUCAGUGCUGCAAGUAUCACCAGAGAGGCUAUGGAAGAAUUUUUUUUUUAAUUUAUUGUAGAUGUAAACAGAAUUUUAAAAAAUAAAAAGUAUAAACAUCGCUGCACUGUGACUGGUGGGAAAAACUGACAGUUUCCUGUUUGCACAUGUUAACAUUUGGCUGUUAUAAUAUAUGGUCCUCGGUCGGGGAAAGAUACUUAUGAUGAAGGAUAUUUUUUAAUUUAACUUUUUUUUAAUAUUGGUAAUAGGUCGGCAACAGCAACUAUAGAAGUACAACUCAAUAGAUGGCAUUAGAACAUAGUGUAGUGUGGAUAUAUAUUUUUUUCUUUUUUAAAAUGUGAUAUCGCCGUUUUAUUAAUAUUUUUUAAAUUGUUACGUUUAUAAAUUUGGUACUGAAGGCACAGCCAGUAUGAGACACUGAAUGCGACAUUUGUUAUAAAGAGCUGCUGCACUCCUAUUUUUAUAAAUUUUACUAACGGAGUAGACCAAUGUAGACGUUCACAGACACGGUAGGGCGAAUGCACCUUCAGACAAAAGGCUCCAAACCUGCUAACUCAGAAAAAAGCCUUUUUCGAUUCUAAUGACACAGCAACAUUUAAAAAGAAUCAUGUUCUUUGUUUUUCCAAUAAAAUGUCAGGUUGUUUGGUGAGAUUUUUUUUGUUUUGUUGUUUUGUUUGGUUUUCCUUUCCUUUUAUUUCCAAACAACCCAGUGAAGGAAAAAGCUGGGCACCUUUAAAAUAUCUAAACUUGUUCAAGUCAUGAAGUAACAAGAUAGACAUUUUAUUUAAGAAAACAACAACAAAGAUAAAAAAGAGACACAAUAAAUUCCCAGAAACCCAGUGUCUAGACUAGGGAAUUUCAUUACUCUUUUGUCCCAGUUGGUAUGUACUGUACACCCUGCCUUCCUCUGCAUCCAUCACCUCGUAGAAGACUGUCGAUCGCUGUCUGUUAAUAAUGUAUAAAAUGGCUAACGUGUAAGCGUGCUGUCCUGGUACUAGUGUAGUGACUUUUUUUCUUCUCUUUCUUCUAGUACAUAUUGAUAGGUAUAACGUAAUUAAGGUUUAAAAAUUUAGACAUAGUUAUUCAGAUUUAGGACCAGUAAGGAUAGAACUUUCUCUUAUUUAUGAAAAAAAAAAAUGCGAAUCAUUUGGGGGCAGUUUUUUCCUUUUAAUUUCUUUUAUUCCAUUUCAAGUUUUUAUUUUAUUUUAUUUUUUUGCUGAUCCGAUGUGGUUUCAACUAACCCAAGGUCUCACGUUCAAAGGCCGGCAGACUCCGCGGCGCUCUGUAGAUCCCCACCCCCCAGCUGUGAAGGGGUGUGCCAUACUACCUUAAAUGCUAAUGCUAGAUAUGCAAAACUGGAUUUUUUUAUUUAUUUUUUAAAAGAGGGAGGCAUGGUAUAUUAAAAUGAUUUUACUAAGAGAAAAAAAAUAUUUUUUUAAGAAUGCUCAGAAGAAAUUGAUAAUCUGUGUGAAUAUGUUUUAGAUGUUUAUAAUACCUUUUGAAGAGACCCAGUAGCCCAUAGCACAAAUCUCGUGGAAAUCUGAUAUGUUUUAAUGUGGCUACCUAGGUUAAGGUUCACGUUAGUCCCCCCACUCAUCUAGAAGUCCAUUUUGAAAGAUUUUUGUAAAUUAUGUUCGCACUGAUGUUCAGCCUGGUCUUUGUUUCAAUUAAGCUCAAUGGCAAACAUGGGAACCACCUUUCGCCUUCCCUGGGGGAGAAACCCUCUUGGCUGAUGGUUUUUCCCCGGAAUCAUAAAAUAACCACCGGGUGACUUUCUGGCUUCCAGAUCCAUCUGCCUGGGACCCCCAAACUCCUCUCCUCCCAAGCAGAGGAGAGGGAGGGGCAUUAGCUCCUGGCCCCAUUCGCGGUUCUACGUGGCCGUGGAGGGGGAUGACCAGCCCUUGGUCCCUCUCCAGGAGCUCUCGCGCACACCUAGUUUGUGGCCUUCCUCACACCCACUGGGAAAACCAAACAGCCUCUCCCUCUGUCCCAGUCGCUCAUUGGCUUGAUUCAAACAAAGCCCCGACAGGCCUUUGCGUUUCUAUCCUUCAUUACCUUCAUCUUAAUUUGAACUCGUAGCUUGGACUUUAAGGUAGCAUGGCUCUUUUGCUGUCAAUUUAAUGUUUCACUGCACAGCAAUUCACAGCCAGUGAAUGUUACCCACAUCUUGCUAGACUAGUGUAAAAAUCAUUGGGUAAUUGUUGGUUCUAAUGACCUGAAAGGUGUUCAGUUUUUGUUUUCAGUUUUGUUUCUAUGGGGGCGGGGGGGUCUUGUUUUUUCUUUCUUUCUUAUCUUUUUUUUUUUUUUUUUAGUUGUUUUUCAUUUGGGGAUUUUGAAAAAAAAAAAAAAAACGAUUUGUUUGGGUUCCAAAUAGAAAAACAAAACCUGUUUUGAUCUUUAGUGCAAACGAGGGCUAGGGACUUAGCCACCACCACACUGCUUCAUUCUGCCAUCCACUCACUGCAGCAGCAUCAAA